UUCUGUUAGCCUUUUUUCUUGAAACUACGAAUCAAUGAAUAUGAAAUUAUUGUUUUGGUGUAUUGAAAAGAAGUCAGAAAAAAACUUAUAAUUAAGUUGGAUUAUCAUUUUAUGGAUUCUAAGUUAACGCCGACGAUUUAGUUUUUUGAUCUUCACACGAUAACGUUAAUCGUAACGUUGUAAGUCCGAAAAUGGCAUCGAUUUUCAAUGUUUUGCUGCGAAAAUCGCCAAAUUUAAGCCAAUCUACAGCUUUAUUAAAGAAUUUACCAGCAGUCUACAAUGUGAACUCUCAAAGAAAUGCGCAUCGAUGGAUGCCUGAUGCGGAGUACGUUAAGCAAUUUGAAGGAGCUGUAAUGUAUCCUGAUGAAGUUACAUCUCUUAUGAAGCAUUUGCCUUACAACAGCAUUAUUGCACCAACUGAAAAGCAGGUUCGCAACAUGGUGUUGAACUUUGGGCCGCAGCAUCCUGCUGCCCACGGUGUACUCCGCCUUGUUUUGGAGUUGGAUGGUGAGACGGUAAGAGCAGCUGAUCCCCAUAUUGGUCUUCUCCACCGUGGCACUGAGAAACUCAUUGAGUACAAGACAUACACUCAGGCGUUGCCUUACUUUGACCGUCUUGACUAUGUCUCCAUGAUGUGCAAUGAACAAUGCUUCAGCUUAGCUGUUGAAAAACUUUUAAACAUUGAUAUACCUAUAAGAGCUAAGUAUAUUCGAACACUGUUUUGUGAGCUGACACGUAUUAGAAACCAUAUUAUGGCGGUGGCAACGCACGCUUUGGAUAUUGGUGCGCUUACGCCACUGUUCUGGCUGUUUGAGGAAAGAGAAAAGUUGAUGGAACUUUACGAAAGAGUCAGCGGCGCACGUAUGCAUGCUGCGUACAUACGUCCUGGAGGUGUAGCACUAGAUAUGCCAUUAGGUCUUAUGGAUGAUAUCUAUGAAUUUGCUAUCAAAUUCUCGGAGCGUUUGGACGAGGUGGAGGAUGUGCUCACCACCAACAGGAUCUGGGUUCAGAGGACUAAGGACAUUGGUGUGGUCACUGCCGAGGAUGCUCUCAACUAUGGCUUUAGCGGUGUGAUGCUGCGUGGCUCCGGCAUCAAGUGGGACCUCCGCAAGGCGCAGCCUUACGACGCCUACCAUCUAGUCGACUUUGAUGUACCUAUUGGAACUAAGGGCGAUUGCUACGACAGGUAUUUAUGUCGUGUGGAAGAGAUGCGUCAGUCUCUACGCAUCGUGGACCAGUGCCUCAACAAGAUGCCGCCUGGUGAAGUGAAGACCGAUGACGCUAAAUUGACUCCACCCUCGCGUGAAGAAAUGAAGACAUCAAUGGAGGCCCUGAUUCAUCACUUCAAGCUGUUCUCGCAAGGCUACCAGGUGCCCCCGGGCUCCACAUACACCGCGAUAGAAGCACCCAAGGGAGAAUUCGGAGUAUACCUCGUCUCUGACGGCGGAUCUAAGCCAUACAGAUGCAAGAUCAAGGCGCCCGGUUUCGCUCACUUGGCCGCUCUAGAGAAAGUCGGCAAGAACUCCAUGUUGGCCGAUAUCGUCGCCAUUAUUGGAACACUCGAUAUCGUGUUCGGUGAAGUUGACCGAUAAAUAUUCAUUAAACGAAUUCUAGCUGAAAAUCAAGUGUAGAAAUGUAUAAUUUUAAUUUGUAAGCAAUAAAUUAUUAAGGAACACCCUUUUUUAA